UCGCUCUAAAGAUGGCAGUUGUUCACCCGGGGCCUUCAGUCCGAGAGAUUAAAAAACCCGAGCAGCCGCCGCUGAUUCAAAGGUCCUACCGCUCGCUUCUCGUUUGGAGUGGAAAGUCUCAAUGUUGGCAUGGAGGUUCCCGACACGCCCGCUGACUCCAUCCCUCUCUGUCAGCCCAACGGCUUCCACUGUAUUUCGGACAUUUCCACGAGGCCACCUAAGCGCAGCCCCAACGCCAGCACUGCGCAUGCCUCCACCUGCGAUGUGCGGGCCCGACUGAUCGACGGCAGCUCCAGACCAAUAGGAAGAGGGAACGGGCCUGGAGGAGCAGAGUCUUGGGAGAGGAUUUACAUAUGGAAGGAAACCUAAUGUCUACAUGAGUUCUGUGUUUGGAUGAGGCUUACAUCAAUCAUCCACUAGGGAGAGACCCGAGGACCCCAUGGAAAAACCGUGGAAAUGUGGCGACUGUGGGAAGGGAUUCAAUUACCCAUCCCAGCUGGAAAUUCAUCGGCGCAGUCACACUGGAGAGAGGCUAUUUAGCUGUUCUACAUGUGGGAAAGGUUUCACAGUAUUAUCUAGUCUUCAGAAACACAUGCUUAUUCACACUGAGGAGAAGCCAUUCAGCUGCAGUUCCUGUGGAAAGCGUUUCAGGCAGUCAGCCAACCUCACUGCACACCAACGUGUUCACACUGGGGAGAGGCCAUUCACCUGUUCUGUUUGUGGGAAACAGUUUGCUCGUUCAUCAAAUUUGCUGAGACACCAGCAUGUUCACACUGGAGAGAAAUCAUUUACCUGCUCUGAGUGUGGGAAAGCGUUCACUCAGUCCCACAAUUUGCUGAUCCAUCAACGCACUCAUACUGGUGAGAGACCGUUCACCUGCUCUGAGUGUGGUAAAGGAUUCACGCAGUCCUCCAUCCUACUGACACAUCAGAGAGUCCACACAAAGGAGAAACCAUUCACCUGCUCAGAAUGUGACAAGAGAUUCACUCAGUUUUCCCAAUUGCUGAGACACCAGCGAGUUCAUACUGGAAAGAGACAAUUUACCUGCUCCUCAUGUGGCAAGAGAUUUACUCGGUCAAUCAGUCUGCAAAAACAUCAGUGGGUUCACACUCGAGAGAGACCAUUCACUUGCUCCAAGUGUGGAAAGGGAUUCACUCGAUCAUCCCAACUACUGACACACCAGCAUGUUCACACUGGGGAGAGACCAUUCACUUGCCCUGUAUGUGGGAAAGGAUUUUCACAAACCUCUGAUGUGCUAAAACACCAACAAAUUCACACUGAGGAGAGGCCGUUCAGCUGCACUUCCUGUGGAAAGAGGUUCAGGUCUUCUUCCUACCUCAGUGUGCACAAGCGCGUUCACACUGGGGCAAGACCGUUCACCUGCUCUGACUGUGGGAAGGUAUUCACUCGGUUAUCUUACCUGUUGACGCACCAGCGGGUUCAUACUGGGGAGAGACCAUUCACUUGCUCUGAGUGUGAGAAGGGAUUUAUUCAGUUAUCCCACCUGCAGACACACCAGCGAAUUCACACUGGAGAGAGGCCAUUCACCUGCAAGUGUGGAAAGGCAUUUACUCAGUCAUCCCACCUGCUGAGACACCAACAAACUCGCACUGGAGAGAAACCAUUUACCUGCUCAGAGUGUGGGAAGGGAUUCACUCAGUCGUCCACCCUGCUGAGACAUCAACAGCUUCACACUGGGGAGAGACCGUUCACCUGCUCGGAGUGUGGAAAGGGAUACACUCAGCCAUCAGAACUAACUCUACACCAGCGAAUUCAUACUGGUGAGAGACCAUUCACAUGCUCCAUGUGUGGGAAGGGAUUCACUCAGUCAUCUACCCUGUUGAGACACCAGCGAGUUCACACUGGGGAACGACCAUUCACCUGCUCUGAAUGUGGGAGGGGAUUCACUCAGUCAUCUGACCUACUGAUACACCAGCGAGUUCACACAAAGGAGAAACCGUUCAACUGCUUGGAGUGUGGGAAGGGAUUCACUCAUUCAUCCACCUUGCUGAUACACCAGCGAGUUCACACUGGGGAGAAACCAUUCACUUGCUCAGAUUGUGGGAAGGCAUUCACGCGGUCAUCCUACCUGCUGACACACCAGCGCAUUCACACCGGUGAGAGGCCGUUCACCUGCUCCAAGUGCGAGAAGAGGUUCACUCGGUUAUCUAACUUGCUGACACACCAGCGAGUUCACACUGGGGAACGACCGUACAUCUGCCCAGAGUGUGGGAAAGGAUUCACUGAUGCAUCCAACUUGCUGAGUCACCAGCGAGUCCACACUGGCAACAGACCUUUUAAAUGCACAGACUGUGGGAAGUGCUUUCAAUGUUCUAGGGACUUGACACGCCAUCAACGUGUUCACACUGAUGAGAAGCCAUUCAGAUGUUCUCACUGUGGAGCUGGGUUCCGGCGAUCAUCUAACCUCACUGUACACCAGCGAAUUCACACAGGGGAGAGGCCAUUCACCUGCUCCCAGUGUGGAAAGGCAUUUACUCAUUCAACUGCCCUGCUGAGACACCAGCGGGUUCAUGAAUAACUGCAGUAUUUAGAAUUUGCAAUUAAUUAUGUCCAGACUGAACUAUGUUCAUUGGAGUCCAUUUGUAUUGAUGUUAACAAAUUCCAGCCUAGUUAUAAGGAUUAAUAUCCUAGAUAAAAGUCAAACACAUUUGGUUUUGUGUUAAACCCACAGUGUGUCAAAUCUUUGUAAUAUCUCUUUAGUUCCUUUUGAAGGGCACUCCCUCUCCCUGUCACCUCCAUCCUCACCUCCACCAACAAUUGUGAGGAACUCACAGGGCCGAAAUUGUCUCGCAACUCAAAUCUUUCUCCAUCCAGUCUUCGGACAUACCAGCCAGUUCACUCUGGAUGGAAGGGGUUUGGAAACCUGUAUUGUCUCAUGUUGCAGGUAUGUACCCAUUUGUCUGCUCCUACCGUGGGAAGAAGUUCAGCGAUUGUCCAACCUACAUCAGCACCAAGUUCACACUGGGGAGAGAUUUGACUUUUGUUUUGAUUUGAAUUGAUUUGAUUUAUUGUCACGUACCUAAGUACAGUGAAAAGUCUUGUUUUGCAAGCAGUACAUAACAUCAUAACGUUCAAGGACAUACAGAUCAGCGGGUGUUUAGCCUGCUUCAUGUGUGGGAGGAGGAUUCAUUCAUUCGACUAACCUGUUGGCUCAUCGGUUAGUUAACACUGAAAAAAUCUUUUAAACAUCAGGAUUGCAGGAUGGGUUUAAAAAUUCUCCAUGGAGCUGAUUUGUAAUUAAUGCAUUCACAGUGACAGGAGACUGUUCAGCUACUCCCACUAAAGGACUGAACUUGGGGAUUGUGUGAUAUCAGUAUCCAGCAACAUGUUCACAUUGAGGGGAGGACUUCCACCUGUUCUGUACACUCAGUCAUCCCACCCUCCAAACACUUGACCACACUUCUUUUUUAAAAAAAUAGUUAAUGUUCUAUAAGCAGAGUUGUAAAAGUAAAAUGGACCUGCUGACACAGUAACAUAACAACACGCUGUUCAUAUACUCCAUGUGUGGGAAGAGAUUUACUCAGUCAUCUUCAAUCCUAACACAAUACUUCAGUGAUUGCAGGGGUUGUACUCUGCUGUUAUUAGUGCUGUUCAUUCUUACCUUUUGAGUUGACUUCUAUUGAUAAUCCCAGUAACUAUGCUGGAGUUCAGUGUCUGGAUAAAUGUCAAAUCAUUAUCAACAAAAGUGAACACAUUUGGUGUGAACACAUUUCUGGAAUUCUGUCUUCUGCAGCUAUUGUUUAAGGCUAAUAUGGUGGUAGGAUUGUACAGCAGGAACACAACUUAAGCCUGGACGUGGUCCCUCAGCACUAUGCUGAGAGGGACAAAUGUCAUUUUAGUCUUUGCUGUCAGCAAAAACAGAUGAGAAAGUCCCAUCUUGAUUAAUCCUGAGGUGUUUAAGAAAAAUGUUCCAGCUGCUCUUUUCUUAGAAGCACCUUGACAGCUGUAUUUAAAGUCAAGAAGAACAAUGUGAACGGGGGAAACAGGCUGUCAAGUCAGGGAUUUAUGUAGAACACAGAACGUUACAGCGCAGUACAGGCCCUUCAGCCCUUGAUGUUGUGCCAUCCUGUGAAACUAAUCUGAUGCCCAUCUAACCUACACUGUUCCAUUAUUAUCCAUAUGUAUGUCCAAUGCCCAUUUAAAUGUCCUUAACGUCAGCAAGUCUACUACUGUUGCAGGCAGGCUGAUCCACACCCCUACUACGCUUAAGUAAAUAAACUACCCCUGAUCUGUUGCUGACUGAAAGUUAAAUACCUAGUGUUCCCAGUUUGAAAAUAACUGUGGUGCUAGUGUGCUGUUAUUAUGUAACAAAAUUUGCAAAAUAAAACUGUUCUCUUUCAAAACUGAACAUAGACCAUUGUUGGAUGCAAAGGGUCAUCUAACUUCUUGCAACUGCAAUGUUUGUAAAGUUCCAGAAAGGUUGCAAGUGGAUUACAAAGAGGCCUUCACCGGCAUGAAGAACUUUGAAAUUCAGUGAGCAUUUCCAUGUGGGUAAAUUUUAAAACUCAUUGUCAUGAUGGUUUCCUUCAAAACAAAAGGCAUUAAUUUGUAAGGACUUCUAAGAUGUGAAAGUCCUUGGCUUCUUUGAACACUGGACAGUCAAAAAGAAUUCAAAACAAUAAUGGCAUUACCACAUGCUUAAUUUGGGAACAUGAUCUAGGUUGCCUCCCAAAGGUAUUGAAAAGACAGGAAAAGCUGCCUGUACUGAGGCGAGGUGAUCUAAUCACUGGGCAAUUAAACCAAAGACUCAGUUAGUGACGUGGGACCAGAAUUCAAAGCCAGCAAAGCCCACCUCCCAUGAAUGAAUAAAAGAAAGUCCUUGAAAAUCAUGAGGUGGGAGGUCUUGAAACUUCUUCAGAGAAACAGCUUGGAUCAGGGCCAGAGAGAAAACGAUCAAACCCAGUGAUUGGACUUAUUGUAAUUAACCGGACAGCCAUGGCCCCACAUGCAGUGCCAACUGUUAAGCUUACCUGUGAAAACAACUUCAUGCAAUCUGAUGUUGGAAGCCAUCAUAGCUGCUGACGCAAUCUUGAAGUUUUCAGACGUUCACUUCAGAAACACUACACUUAAUUCAAAAUACUAGACCUGAAUCAAGCAACUGAUUCACUUCAAUUCAUAUUUGUGCAUAUGUAUACGUGGAUUGUAUAGUUUGCUCAUUACUUACCUUCAGAGCAAGUGUGUGAAAUAAAUUAUUUUUAAGCACAAAA